AUGUCGAACGCGCUGCCGCGUCCGGCUCACGCGUCCUCCGACGCGAUGGGGCUUGGGCCUUCGCCUUCACGAGCGUCCCAGCACUCGUCGUUUUCCUCCACGCUGCCUUCCUCCUCUCGAGAGCGGGAAGCAGGAUGGAACGAAGCCGACGACGAAGGCCCCGAGGCGGAGCAUCAACCUCGACUCCUGGAGACGUUGCAGGAUGUACCGAAGCCGUUUCUCGACAAGGCCCGCGGCAUUGUGGAGCAGCUGCGAGGCCGAGAAGGAGAGCAGGCGACACUCGACGCGAAUAGCGCCUACCUUCUCUGCUUCCAGCUUCUCAAGCUCGCGGGUCUGGAGGCAGAGAUCCCCAGGCUUGUCGUCUUCGGGCAGCAGAGCAUGGGCAAGACGACCCUUCUCGAUUAUAUCAUGGGAGGGCCGAUUGGCUACAGCAGCACGGACACCGGAACUCGGCAGCCAGUCGUGAUUCUUUUGCGGCCUUCGGAGUCUGCCGACAGCGUCCAGUGUUGGUUGGGAGGGGAAGAGAUCGAGGUGAAGGAGCUGCAGGCGCGCAUGAAGGAAAUCAUGUCUUCUCAGGGCGAGCGCAUUUCGUCGCAGGAGCUCGAGGUCGAACUCGCGGUGCCGAACGGCGUGCAUGCAGUUUUUGUCGACCUUCCAGGAGUCAAAGACGACAGCAAAGCUGGAGCGACGCAGACGCGCUCUGUCGUCAGAACCUACGUCCAAAACAAUCCAAACGACUUGUACAUCCUCGUCAAGAAAGCUUCAGACGACCCUGCGAACUGGCCGUGGAGCCUUCGAGAGUUCAUUCUCUCUGCACCUCCUAAAGGUCUUGGGCUGACGCCUCGCCAGACUGUGGUCGUCGGGACCCGCGCGAAGGAGUUUUUGGUGAACGAGAAAAAUGACAUCCGCACUCAGUCGCAGCUCCUCGAGCGUGUCUUGAAGCGAGCUGUCAAGGACUCGUCUGGCGCGCCGCUGCCGUUGUUUCUCCUCGAGUUGUUUUCCUUGUCAAUUGAGGAGAAAGACGCUCUGGACUUCGCCGCGAAACGGGCCGCGAUGAAUCGACAAAUGGACGAGGGAGGCCGAACAGUCCGGCAGCUGCUGGAAACGGCCUUCGAGCCUGGUCCGAACCCUCAGCUGUCGAGGAAGCUCACGGAGUUCUUCAGUCCUUCUCGCUUCAAAAAAGAGUUAAACCACAAGUUCCAGAGCCUCUUGAGUGAGCAAAUGGGGAUUCUGGAGCGUCGCCUUGUACGGAAACGCUUGGAGACGCAAAAACGGAUUUCCGACCUCGAGGAUCAGCUCGCCUUGCAGAGUCCUCAGUCCUGUCGGGAGUGUAUCAAGCUGUAUUUGCGAGAGCUGAUGCAAGUAGUCACCGAGCUGGUGACAGGAAACUACACCAUCAUUCGUUUGCCGCACAACGGCGACGAGUUUUUGAAGACUUUCGGCGGCAACUUGAGAGACAACCUCGAGGAUGGUCACGAGCUGGCGUGCGACUUGUUUCCGGAACAUUACGACCGCGGCUUCUUGACAAAAAUCAUUAAAGAGGCAGAGGAAGUCUUCCGUCGUCAGGACCUCGAGGAGAGCUUGGCCCCAGUCACGGGACCUGACGGGCGCGUUGUCAUGCAGCCUGGGCACAUUGUUCGUUACACUUUGUCGAAGGACGACACCAACAUGUUCGGCCUCGUUCAGAGCGUUGGACCUCCGAGAGCGACAGAAGACUCUGCUGAGAGUCAGGGCGCUGCAGCAAGCGACGCUUCUGCUCUCUCUUCGAAGGAAGCGACCGUCACAUUCUACUUCAGAAGCGGCCAAGCUCAGGGUGAACAGUCUCAGUUCAAGACCGUGGACAAGCAGCGCCUGGCGGUUCUGUUGCCUCUGCAGACGAUCAUUCACCCGUCGACUCCGCCGCCGGCUGGCUUCCGCUGCUGGAGGCGCUUCUAUCGGCCAGACGGCUGGGUGGGUCUGCAGCCGGUGGAGCUCCUGAGUCUGUCGCUGCGGCCAGCGUCUGUGGCGUUUGCAGAAGGAAAGUCGAGUCCGACGCAUGCAGGCGCUUCGGGAGGCGGCGCCUUCGACGGCUUGCAGGGCGGCGAGGGGAGACAGAGGUUCAGCGAGAAGAGCGAGGCUGUCGUCAAGGCGCUAGCAGGACCCGACCUGCGAUCCGCUGCAAAUGCGCAGGCUUCAGAGCAAGUUGCCACUCUCGACGAACUGUUUGCGGAUGCUGCGACUGGAGACGGAGAGCGACACUCUCACGCCCACCGACGAACGCAUCUCAGCGCUCUCCAGAGGAUCUCGGGAGACUUCGCAGAUACGCGACUGUUAAACCAGCUUGCCUUAACGCACCUUGGCCGCUGGCUGAAGUUCCAUAUCUGCAACAUCGAACCUGAUCGCCGAUUUAGUGACCAUGUCCUUCUUCAGAUGAUGCGCAGCGUGCGUCAUGUGAUCGACAAGGCAGACUGGGAACCGCUGGUCGCAGACCUUCUGCAGGCGAAUGUCGGGGCUGGUAUGCUUCAGCUGGCUCGGCUGGCUGCCUGCGCGGCGGCGUCUGCUUUGAGGCGAAUUUUGCGGGCCGCGAGCGCCGAGGUCAAUCGACAAAUAAAGUGCGGAGAUCUGCGCAGCGGCCUUCUCUUUCUCGCGACGAAUCACCGCUUCAUGGAGGAGCUCGAGCAAAGUUUGGAGGAGUACACGAGGAAAAAGGCGCGGGACUGUGCACAAGCCAUGCGCGACUUGAUUUUCGAGCAAACGCAUGCAAUUCACUUCGAAAUGAUCGAGGACUUCUUCGACGGCUGCAAACGGUUCGAAGCGGAUUUCCUUGGAGGAUCGAUGAUGGGCGAAGUCACACAACAUGUCAAGGACUCGCUGGCAAUGCGCAAACAGCGCCUGGGGAUCGCUGACAUCUACGCCCGCCAAGAAAACGGCGCUGGCACCCCCGACAGCAUGAUUUAUGAAGAAGUUCGGAUCCAGUUCUGGGUAGUGAAGAUGCUCUUGUCUGCGCCACUCACGACGAAGCUCUACAUGCACUUCAUCAAGGACAUAAAAGACAAGAGCAUGCACUUGGCAUCGGAAGACAAGUACUCUGUCACCUGCGAGAACGACUUGGAGAGAACGCUGCAAGAGCAGAUGCUCUGUGAAAGGUCUCCAGCAGGGCGGGCGCUUGCUCGAACGGAUGAAGAACUGAUGGAGCAUUUCAACAUCAGCAUGAACAAGGACGAACUCAUCAACCAGUUGAAUGCAGCCCGGCGAACCGAGGAGUACACCAAGCUGGCACUCGAAGGCGUCGCGAAGCUCCUGCACCAGCUGCAGAAGGGAUCUGGAGUGGAUUUCCUUACUCGUCUCGACUCUCCCAUGGAGAGGCGCGCGAGUGCAUGCCGAAACAAAAAGCAUUCCUCGAGCGGAGAAGAUGCAAGAGAAGGACUAGAGGAAAACAGGGAAGGAACGGGAAGCGCUGCUGGAAGGGGGCACACCCCCAGUGGCCGCGUCGGUCAACCUGCAGGAAGUUCCGGUCGGCUUCCGUCACCGUUGAAUGGGGCUUGAAACUGUGUGGCUUGUGCUGGCCCACUUCGCCAGAGCACUGGGAAGAACAGCGAAGAAACAUUUGUUACAAAAAAAAGUGUAC